AAUUGUUAAUGUCGGUCUGAUGAGUGGUGGUGUGAUUGUGUGACUGUCCGGAGCGUCACGACCGUCACCCGGAACAGCCCGACCAGAAAUGACAUAACGGGAGCAUCUAAAACCGAGAAGUCGGACUGAGUCUACAUCAAACCAUAUCUAUCUUGCAAUCAAUGAUCUUGCCAUCAUCAUCAUCAUCAUCAUCAUCAUCAGCAGCAGCAGCAUCAUGAGCGUACACAUUCGAGUCAUCACCCGCAACCUGCCACACAUCUACCAACACCAACCUCGCUCCAAAACAACAGUAACAGCAGCGUCAUCCUCAGCCGCGGCUGCCGCGCAUGAAAAGAAGCAACAGGAAGUGCUGGCCUACCGGCUCAGCGAGAUCUCUCUGCUGAAGAUGCGCGCCGAGGCACUCAGCCGCGAACCCGAUCUGCGGCAUGUUGUCGGCAACGCCUCCAUCAACCGGGUGGCGAACAACGCGGUGCACGAAGAUCUCAUGCAGCGGAUCGCAGCCUUUGAGCGCCGGCAACGACGCAGACGUGAGCACCGGAAGCCCGUCCCCGUCGACAAGGAGUUGGAUAUCGAAUCUGUGAAUGCCGCGCUGCUGGAACUCGAGAUCGCGGGCGAGAGAGGGAGAUGGGCGCAUACUUUAUGUUCACGACGAAUUGAAGAAUGAUAAGAAUAAAUGAAUAAAUGAAUAAGUAAGUGUGUUAGUAUCCUCUUCCUUGGGGAUUAUACUGACGAGUCUAGAAGUUAUGGAUAGCGAUGUAUCUAGUCAUGAUUGAAAUUAAUAUAUUGUCAUUAUAUCAUUAAACCACUCAAAGUAAUCAAUUCAACGACUGGAUUCAGUUCGACGAACUAUUCCCACUAUCAUAACAUCCCCAGCCCUCGCGAUCGCCGUUCAAGCCCGUCUCGACGGCCGCGCGACCGGAAAGGAUAUCCACGAGCUUCCGAUGAGCGAGCCAGGGCUCAUGCUUUGGCCGCCGACCCUCCCAGUCCGUCUCUGUGGCCUCGACGCCCGCCGGCCCACCCAUGGGCGAGAGAAGGACAUGCGAGCC